AUGGAUAUUCAUCGUUUCAAUGGAAAGGGAUUAAGAUCCUUGAAUCUAUCAAGAAAUAGUUUGACGGGAUAUAUAAUUCCAGAUAUUGGUAAAAUGGAGAUGCUAGAGUCUCUUGAUCUGUCUCACAACCAACUCUCUGGCGAGAUACCUACAAGUCUGGCACAAAUACACACUCUCAGUGUUCUUGAUUUGUCUAACAACAAUUUGUCCGGAAAAAUUCCAACUGGCACUCAAUUGCUGAGCUUCAAUCCAUCUGCUUAUGCAGAGAAUGAUGGACUAUGUGGCGACCCUAUGCCAAAGUGCCCGGAAGAUAGAUUGAGGCCACCAACCACUUAUCCAAGGGAAAAAUUGAAUGAAAAAAAUGGUAGCAUCUUUUCAUUUAUGCAAGAAGUUGCCAUAGCAAUGGGUUUUGGUAUUAUUUUUGGAUUUUGGGGAGUUAUUGGUUCAUUUAUAUUGAAGAAAUCAUGGAGAAUCACAUUCUUCAGUUUGUUGGAUGCUAUUGGAGAUUGGAUCUAUGUCAGGAUUGUUGUGUUUGUAUCCAAAUGCAGACGAAGCUGA